AUGAAGCUCUUAGCACGACUCCAAUCGCAAAGCUUGCCUUAUCACCCUCGAGAUGCCUUCACGGUCUUCCACCCCCAACCGUUCUGCGCCGUUUUCUUCUCCGCGUCGUCGCCUGCGUUCCGCUGUCCGCCGCCGCCUCCAGUUGCUUGCUCGGCCGCCUUCGGCCUGAGCAUAUUCGCUCUCAACAUCUGCUCCACAGCAUCAGAAUCCUUGGAACGUCACUUCCUCGAGGCCUCUGAGCUCGCCGAGGAUCCUCAGCCCGGGCAACUGCACGACUUCGUCCUACAUUGUUGGUCGACCCUCGAGUUGGAUGUGCAGCCUGCGAAGUCCUGCUAUGCUAUGAAGCAUCUGGGAUCCCCGAAGAGCUACCUUAGCUUCCGACCAGCUGUGAAGGGUGUAGAUGAACUGUGUGACCAAGGGCCAUUUCGGGGAGACGCCAUGUCAGAUGCUAGUGGGCUUAUCGGUAUCCUACAUUAG